CAUACACACUGCCAGCUCGUGGAGGGAGGAAACACACCUCUGUGAGCACACUUUAACCUCCUGAACGACACACACACACAUGAACACACACUCAGAGGGUUUCUCAAACAGUUCUGUGUGUCUGCAGUCGGAGCUGCUGUCUCUACGACUUUAAAAAAAAAAACUUGUUCGGAGGUUUUGUUCAGUUUGGUGCCCUGCAGAACCCGGCAGUGCGCGUCAGGGCUCCCAGGGUGAGCCGUGGAGUCCGCAGGUUGAAUGUAAAGAGGACUGCUGCUGCUCAAUGAGAGGAGCAAACUGAACUUUCCCUGUGAAGUUUUGUCCCCGCACGUCUCACACAGAGAGACGGGGUCGCGGGACGCGGGAGGACAAAGUGAGUCUCCGUCUCUACCUGGGGGUUUUUAGUCUCUUUGUUGGAGUCUGAAUCGGCUGCAGGAUGUCGGACUCUGCCUCCAGUUUCCUUCAUAUCGGGGAUAUCGUGUCCCUGUACGCGGAAGGAUCCGUGAACGGCUUCAUCAGCACCCUGGGGUUGGUAGAUGACCGUUGUGUGGUGGAACCAGCUGCUGGAGAUCUGGAGAAUCCCCCAAAGAAGUUCAGAGACUGCCUGUUUAAAGUUUGUCCUAUGAGCCGCUACUCAGCACAGAAACAGUUCUGGAAAGCCAAACAAGCCAAACAUGAGAAGGACAAGAUCGCUGACGUGGUCCUGCUGCAGAAACUCCAGCAUGCGUCCAACCUGGAGCAGAAACAGAAUGAAACAGAAAACAAGAAAGUUCACGGCGACGUCGUCAAAUAUGGAACCGUGAUGCAGUUGCUCCACAUGAAGAGUAAUAAAUAUCUGACGGUGAACAAGCGUCUGCCGGCUCUGCUGGAGAAGAACGCCAUGCGGGUCACUCUGGACGGGACGGGGAACGAAGGCUCCUGGCUGUUCAUCCAGCCCUUCUGGAAGCUCCGCGCCAACGGAGACAACGUGGUGGUGGGAGACAAGGUGAUCCUGAACCCGGUGAACGCCGGACAGCCGCUUCACGCUUCAAACUACGAACUGACCGACCACCCGGGCUGCAAGGAGGUGAACUCUGUGAACUGUAACACCAGCUGGAAAAUCAACCUGUUCAUGAUGUUCAGCGACCACAGAGAGGAAGUCCUCAAAGGAGGCGAGGUCGUUCGUUUGUUUCACGCCGAGCAGGAAAAGUUUCUGACCUGCGACGAGUACAAGAGCAAAGUCCACGUUUUCCUCCGAACCACGCUGAGGCAGUCAGCGACGUCCGCCACCAGCUCCAACGCGCUGUGGGAGGUCGAGGUUGUCCAUCAUGAUCCAUGUCGUGGGGGGGCGGGACACUGGAACAGCCUCUAUCGCUUCAAACACCUGGCUACAGGAAACUACCUGGCUGCUGAGGAGAAUCCGGGCUACAAAGGAGACAGCGCAGAGCCUCCGCCCUCCAUCGACGGUAGUCGUAGCAACAAGCGUUCCCAUGGUGAGAGGAUAAAGUACAAGCUUGUGGCGGUGACUCACGGGAACGACAUUGCCUCGCUGUUUGAGCUCGACCCGACAACGCUGCAGAAAACGGACUCUUUCGUACCGCGGAACUCGUACGUAAGACUGAGACACCUGUGCACCAACACGUGGAUCCAGAGCACCAACGUCCCCAUCGAUAUCGACGAGGAGAGACCCAUCAGACUCAUGUUGGGAACGUGUCCCACUAAAGAGGAUAAGGAGGCGUUCGCCAUCGUCUCGGUCCCUGUGAUGGAGAUCAGAGAUCUGGACUUUGCAAACGAUGCCAGCGCCAUGUUGAGCGUUGUGGUCGACCAGUUCAGCCAGGGCUUCAUCAGCCAGAAUGACCGCCGGUAUGCCAUCAAGCUACUGGAGGACGUGGUUUUCUUCGUAGCUGACGUCAUCAACAGUGGACAGGCGGUCCUGGACAUAGCCAUGACCAAAGCCAACCGAGAGAGACAGAAACUGAUGAGAGAACAGAACAUCCUCAAACAGAUCUUCGGCAUCCUGAAGGCUCCCUUUAAAGAUCGUGGGGGAGGGGAGGGUCCUCUGCUGCGAUUGGAGGAGCUGGCAGACCAGAAGAACUCUCCCUAUCAGUACAUGUUCAGACUCUGCUACAGAGUCCUUCGACACUCCCAGGAGGACUAUCGUAAGAACCAGGAGCACAUAGCGAAGCAGUUUGGUGUGAUGCAGAGUCAGAUCGGUUAUGACAUCCUGGCUGAGGACACCAUCACCGCCCUGCUGCACAACAACCGAAAACUGCUGGAGAAACAUAUCACCAAGACCGAGGUCGAGACCUUCGUCAGUCUGGUCCGCAAGAACAGAGAGCCCAGGUUUCUGGACUACUUGUCUGAUCUGUGUGUGUCCAACAACGUAGCCAUCCCCGUCACUCAGGAGCUCAUCUGCAAAUGUGUGCUGGAACCCAAAAACCAGGACAUCCUCAUCAAGACAGAACGGCGGGUCCCCAAAGAAGCGCCCACUGGUGGGGUUCAAGGAGAAUACAUGGGGAUGGAUGACUAUGGAGAUGAGGAUGAGGUAUGGCUGGUAUGGACAGACAAAACCAAUGAAAGACAGGAGAAGGGCAUCAGACAGCUAGCCCAGGAGGCAAGACAAGGAAAUGCUCAUGAUGAAAAUGUCCUCACCUACUACAGGUACCAGCUGAAGCUCUUUGCCCGGAUGUGUCUGGACCGUCAGUAUCUAGCCAUAGAUGAGAUAUCAAAGCAGCUGGAUGUAGAGCUCAUCUUCCUGUGUAUGAUGGACGAAACACUGCCCUUUGACCUCCGGGCCUCUUUCUGUCGCCUUAUGCUCCACGCCCAUGUGGACCGAGAUCCUCAAGAGUUGGUGACACCUGUCAAGUUUGCGCGCCUCUGGACAGAGAUCCCCAGCUCGAUCACCAUCAAAGACUAUGACUCCAACAUGGAUGACAGCAGAGACAACAAGAAAAACCGUUUCUCCAACACAAUGGUGUUCAUGGAGGAGUAUCUCAACAACGUUCUGAACGACGAGCUGCCAUUUCACAACGAGGAGAAAAACAAACUCACAUAUGAGGUGGUCAGUUUGGCCAGACAUCUGAUCUACUUUGGUUUCUAUAGUUUUUUUGAGCUGCUCAGACUCACAAGAACCCUGCUGGGCAUCAUCGACUGUAGACCCAAUCCUGGAUACACUGGGCUCUUGUUCCACGAUGAUGGAUCAGGGAAGAACGUGAAGCGCUCCAUACAUGGGAUGGGUCAGAUGAUGUCCACCAUGGUCCUCAACAGGAAGCAGUCCUUAUUUGGAGGUCCAGGAGCCAGAGGGGCAGGGGUGGGGGCGGGACUUAUGCUUGAAGGACAGAGAGGCAGUAAAGAUAGUAUCGACAAAACAGACCUGACAGUGAUGGACACCAAGCUGAAGAUACUGGAGAUAUUACAGUUCAUCCUGAAUGUUCGUCUGGACUACCGUCUGUCCUUCCUGCUGUCUGUGUUCAAGAAGGAGUUUGUGGAAGUUUAUCCCAUGGCUGAUGCUGAUGCUACGACGAAUAUGGAGCAUGCAGCCACCAUCAACCUGCAGCACAUUGGAGAGCAGGCAGAGGCCAUGUUUGGAGUUGGGAAGGGGAACAGUAUCCUAGAGGUGGAUGACGAAGGCGGCCGGAUGUUCCUGCGGGUGCUGAUACACCUCACCAUGCAUGACUAUCCUCCUCUGGUGUCUGGAGCACUGCAGCUUCUCUUCAGACACUUCAGCCAGAGACAGGAAGUGCUGCACACCUUUAAACAGGUCCAGUUACUGAUCUCUUCCCAAGAUGUGGAGAACUACAAACUGAUCAAGUCAGAUCUGGAUCGUCUCCGAACGUUGGUGGAGAAAUCUGAGCUGUGGGUGGAGAAGAAGAGCUCAGGUGGAGGGGACGGGAAGAAGGACAAAAAGGAGAAGAAGGAGAAGGUAGAGGUGGCAUCAGAGGAAGAGACGCCCAAGAAAGACAAACUCGAAAAAGGCAACGAGAGCUACCAGAAAGUCAAAGAGAUCCUGGAGAGGUUGAAUAAGAUGUGCAGCACUGGGGUUUGGAAGAAGCAGCAGAGGUUGUUGAAGAACAUGGGAGCUCAUAAAGUCAUGCUGGACCUGCUGCAGGUGUCCUACGACAAGAGCGAUGUGAAGAUGCAGGAGAUCAUCAAGUAUACUCACUUGUUCCUGCAGAAGUUCUGUACGGGGAACCAGGAGAACCAGGUUUUGCUGCACAAGAACCUCAACCUCUUCCUCAACCCAGGGCUGCUGGAGGCAGAGACUGUGCAGCACAUCUUCAGUAACAACUACCAGCUCUGCACCGAGAUCUCUGAGAGCGUCCUGCAGCACUUCAUCCACUGUCUGGCCACGCACGGCCGACACGUUCAGUACCUCAACUUCCUCCACACCAUCAUCAAGGCCGAGGGCAAGUACGUGAAGAAGUGCCAGGACAUGAUCAUGACCGAGUUAACGAACUCGGGCGAGGACGUUGUCGUCUUUUACAACGACAAAACUUCCUUCAACGUCAUGCUGGAGCUGAUGGCAGAGAGCAGGGAGGGGGUCGGGGAGACCAGCCCACUCAGGUAUCACAUCUCACUGGUGGAGCUGUUAGCCGCCUGUGCAGAAGGGAAAAACGUUUACACUGAGAUCAAAUGUACGUCGCUGCUGCCGCUGGAGGACGUGGUCAGAGUGGUGACGCACGAGGACUGCAUCACCGAGGUGAAGGUGGCUUAUGUAAACUUUGUGAAUCACUGCUACGUGGACACGGAGGUGGAGAUGAAGGAGAUCUACACGUCCAACCACAUCUGGAAGCUGUUUGAAGACUUCACAGUGGACAUGGCCAGGGUGUGUAAUAAACGAGAGAAGCGUCUUUCUGAUCCCAUCCUGGAGAAGUACAUCAUUAACGUGGUUUUUGACACCAUCAACGCCUUCUUCAGCUCUCCGUUCUCUGAGAACAGCACGUCUCUGCAGACUCAUCACACCAUCGUGACUCAGCUGCUUCAGUCGUCUGUCAGGCUGUUGGACUGUCCCUGGCUGCAGCAGCAGCACCGAGGACAGGUGGAGACCUGCAUCAGGACGCUCGCCAUGACAGCUAAGAGUCGCUCCAUCGCUCUCCCUCUGGACCUGGAUGCUCAGAUCAACUCCAUGUUGUCCACGUCUGCUCUGAACUCUCUGUCCCGCUCCAACCCAAACUACAAGUCCUCCUCCCGCUCCUCCAGACCCAUCGCUCCCAGCAACCCCUGGGACUACAAGAACAUCAUCGAGAAACUACAGGACAUCAUUAACACUCUGGAGGAGCGUCUGAAGCCGCUGGUGAACGCUGAGCUCUCCGUGUUGGUCGACGUCCUCCAUCAGCCCGAGCUGCUGUUUCUAGAAGGAACUGACGCCCGGCAGCGCUGUGAGUCCGGAGGAUUCAUCUCCAAGUUGAUCCAGCACACUAAGGCUCUGAUGUCGGCUGAGGAGAAGUUGUGUAUUAAAGUUUUAAGAACUCUGCAGGAGAUGCUGAUCAGGACUCUGGACUUUGAUGAAAAGGGAAUCGCUCUGAGGAAAGUUUUGCUGCAGAACUAUUUGUUCCCCAACAAGAAGAACAACCCGAAGAACGACCUGGCCGAGCUCGGAGCUGCAGGCGGGGAGCAGGAGCGCGACUGGGCGGCCGUGGCGGCGGUUCAGUGCCGUCUGGACCGAGAGGGAGGAACGAAGCUGUUCACUGAUCUGGUGAUGAGCACCAAGAACGACAAGAUCUUCCAGGAGAGCAUCCAGCUCGCCAUCUGUCUGCUGGAGGGAGGCAACACGGAGAUACAGGUCUCUCUCUCUCUCUCUCUCUCUCUCCCCCUCUCUCUCUCUCUCUCUGUCUCUCUCUGUCUCUCUGUCUCUCUCUGUCUCUCUCUCUCUCUCUCUCUCUCUCUCUGUCUCUCUGUCUCGCUCUGUCUCCCCCUCUCUCUCUCUCUCUCUGUCUCUCUCUGUCUCUCUCUCUCUCUGUCUCUCUGUCUCGCUCUGUCUCUCUCUCUCUCUCUCUCCCCCUCUCUCUCUCUCUCUCUGUCUCUCUCUGUCUCUCUGUCUCUCUCUGUCUCUCUGUCUCUCUCUGUCUCUCUCUCUCUCUC